UUACAUUUGUCAUUGGAUGUUUGAUACGACACUGGCGGUCGAUGUUACGGGCUUAGACAAUUUCAUUUUCGCUCGAGAAACAACGGAAAAAUAUUUUCAGUCAUUUUAUUAAACACGUUCACUGCGGCACGUAUCCCGGGCGGCAUGUAUUGUGCCUUAAAGCUACUGCGGUCUGGAAUGCAUGAAUAAAAGACUCCAGUGCGAAAGCCAUAAACAAGUUGUUUCUUGACCGAUUUACACGAAACAAAGACCUAUGGAUUUCUAUUUCAAAAUCCAACUUAUUUCAAUGAUUUUCACCACACAUGCCCCCGGGGAUACGUGCCGCACACAAAUGAUAUUUUCUAAGUUCAGUGCGACACAUGCCUCCUAGGGCAUGUGAGUUUAUUCUUGUUUAUUCCUGUUCAUUCUGAGACCAAACAGCAAGAGAAUAGUGCGUAUGUAUCAUUUCUCCUCGGUAGUUAGCGUCUGUGUGGUUAGGUAGUUUGUGUUCUUCGGGUAUUGCCUAAUAGUGUGUGAUCAAAAAGUCUGAAAGAUCGAGAUUUAUUGUGGAAAUGGCAAGAAGGAAAAGAGAAGAAAAUGUAUGUUAUGGAGAAGUGACAAAUAGAAACAGGGAAGAAACCAUCAUUUCAGUAGCAGAGAUAAAUAAUAAUGAUGUACCAGAAAUAGCUGUAAGUAUUGAAGGUAAUAAUCUCCAUAGUGGCAAUGAUAUACAAGCGGGGAUUUCUUGUGAAAAUGAAUUGCAAACGAAAGGAAAUACUUAUCAGAAUGAGGAAGAAGGACAACAUGAAAUGGAAGGCGAAGAACUAGAUUUUUCCGACAUUGACAGUGCAAAUGAACCUUUUGGGAGUGAUGACUCUGUAGUUGACAAAGACUACUCUCCAGAUUCUUCAACGGAUAGCGAUAUCAGGGAAAAUGAUGCCCGUGAUUCUGAAACUCCACUCAGCUCUGACGACGCAGUACCGAGUACAAACGACGUUGAAACAACUCAAUCUGAUAGUGGAGAAUGGAACAGAAUUGGUGGAGGUGAGGAAAAUUCUGAGUUCAGAGUUGAAAAAUGUACUCUAGCUAAUAUUGACGCAAGUGAAAUAAGAAAUCCGAUCGAUAUAUUCAAUUUAUUCAUCACAGAUGAUAUAUUAGAUAUCAUAGUUACAGAAACCAACAAUUAUGCUGCUCAACAACUGCUCAAUACUAACCAUUCAAGAAAGUCUCGGUUAAAUGCAUGGACUAAAACGAAUUGGGGCGAAAUCCGAGCUUUUUUGGGUGUUACUCUAGCUAUGGGCUUGACGGAAGUACCCCACAUCAAUUUAUACUGGUCUAAAGACGACAUUUUUUACAACAAAUUCAUUUCAAAUACGUUUCGUCGGGAUCGUUAUCUUUUACUAUUGAAAUUACUUCAUUUUGAAAACAACGAAACCUGUGACAUUUCCAAUCGUUUGUACAAAAUCGAAAAAGUAGUUUCGAAGUUACUCCAAAACUUCCAAACUAUCCUUCAACCUGGAAAUAUACUUGUCAUUGAUGAGUCAAUGGUGCCAUUUCGAGGAAGACUAAAGUUUCGACAAUACAUACCCAACAAAACUCAUAGAUAUGGCAUAAAGUUGUAUAAACUUUGUUCACCAGAAGGCUUCAAUACAAUAAUUUAUACUGGAAAAGGUGAAACAAAUCCUGAUCUAGGACAUUCCCAGUCCAUUGUUAUCAAAUUGCUCCAAUGUGUAGAGAACAAAUCCGGUAAAUUAUUAUUUGCCGAUAAUUUUUAUUCGGGAAUAUCGCUUGUCAAGAACUUAAUGCAGAACGAAAACAUGAUGUAUUGUGGAACCCUUAGAGCUAAUCGGAGAGACAUUCCCAAGGUUUUCAAAUUGAAAAAGAAGAUGAAAUCAGGAGAAAUUUUUGGUGAGGAGAAGGACGGGGUGAAAAUUAUCAAGUGGAUGGAUAAGCGUCCAGUACUAAUGAUAUCAAGCGUUUCGGAUCACAACACAAAGGUUUUUCCAGUUGGAAAGAAAAAUAGGAAAGGGGAAGAUGUCCUCAAACCAAAAUGCAUAACAGAUUAUAAUGCUGCUAAGAAAGGUGUCGAUUAUUCGGACCAAAUGUCUUCCUACCAUAGCGUGCUUCGCAAAAGCAUGAAAUGGUAUAGAAAGGUGAUGUUAGAACUAAUUCUUGGCACAGCUGUUGUCAAUUCGUUGAUAAUAUACAACAUGUGUGCAAGGACGAAGCUGAGCGUAACAGAAUUCAGGCGACAACUGGCAUAUUCUCUGAUCCAACCUCCUGAAAAACCAAAAACCCCUAGGAGAAGGACCCAUAAUUUUUGCAAACCUGAAGGUCCAGGUAGAGAACGAAGAAAGCUUUGCAAGGGAUGUCGCCAGAUUCUGAAAUCUUCAUGUUUGGAUAUAGAGAAAUAGACAAAAAAGUUCGCAGGGUUAUUUCUUUUUGUUCAGAAUGUCCUGGGCAACCUGGAUACUGCUUAACAUGUUUCAAUUCAGCACAUUCAUAACUCUUUUUUGAUGAAAUUAACAUUUAAUAAUAUAAUUACCAGAAUGACAAUGUUAAGUUUACUAAUAUACAGUCAAACCUGUGUAAGUGACAACUGGGUAAGCGAGAAAACUCUUUAAGUGAGUGGAAUUGCCUGGUCCCGUCAUUUUUAGCCCCUAAAACCUCUAUGUGUGAGAAAUAGAAGCCUCUAUAAGAGAAAGUCGUGAACCGCCAGAUAUAUUUGUGUUCGAACCUCUAUAACUAAGACUGCUAUUUGUCUAUAACUCUAUAAGCGAGAGUCUGGCAUGGAGGUAGUUCCCCGAAAACAUAAACACAUGUUUUCGGGGAAUUACCUAACAUUGUCUUUGUGGAAAUCUGGCCCUCACUUUUAAUACAAUCGAUGUAACUACCUUACCCCAGUUGACAUCAAGUGCUAAGAAAGCUUAAGUCUAGCGCAAUGUCUAAAAGAAAAAUCCGAGUUUUAUCUCUGAGUGAAAAACUUAAGAUCGUGAAUGCGUUUGAGUGUGGAAAAUCGCGUAAUGAAAUUCAGAGUGAGUUUGGUCUAC